AUGGAGUUUUCAACUUGCCCUAUUUGUAAUCUAAGUUUCCCUUCUAUGGAACUCCAGAGACAUGCGAAUGACCAUUUCACUGAGGAAGAUUCCGCUACGGAUUUUGAAUUGGCGCAGCAAAUUGCGCUUUUCCCGCCAUCUCCACCCCGAAUUACAGGAGAUUCCUUGAAAUGCACACUUAGUUCAUUGGAUAUCCCCCAGCCCAGUUCUUAUACAUGUGAUGCUAAGAUAACUGGGUACGAAGUAUUCAAUCACGACGAAAAACAUGCUUCAUUAGUCCACCCCAAGAAUAUGGAGAAAUUCUACAAAGUCGAAGGCAAAUUGAUGACACUGCUGAAAAACUGCCUGGAAACAGAACCUGGAGACACUCUAAGCAUACUGUGCAGGCAUAUUGAUCAUUUUGAAAGCAUUCGGUCUUGGGAUGGUGGCUGGGGAUGUGGUUGGCGUAAUAUACAAAUGCUUAGCUCUUAUUUGCUUGCCCAAAGUGAAGAAUCUCGAGGCGUCUUGUAUGGUGGUUGCGGGUUUGUGCCUAAUAUCCGUACAAUUCAGUGUUGGCUCGAACUCGCUUGGGGAAAGGGUUUCGAUACGCCGGGCUCGGAUGACUUUGAUCAGAAAAUUUAUGGCAAGAGAAAUUGGAUAGGGACCACCGAGUGUGCCGCACUUUUUCGCUCCUUUGGUCUUCGUGCAAGGAUAGUUGAUUUUUGCAGUAAAAAUUUUCAGUUUGGUGGUUUGGGAAGGAAAAAUAAGCAGGUUUAUGGCCCCAUGGACGUGUUCCUGUCCAAAGGGAAAAUGCAUUUGGAUAAAAGUUCUAAGCAUCAUGAUGUUUUAUCAGAGAAAGCAAAGUGUCAUCAGGUUCUCACUGAGUGGGUGUGGAAUUACUUUUCUGGCAGCAGUGCAUGCAGAACAGCAAAUUGCCGUGUUGUUUUUAGUGAGAAAUCGCCAUUGUACUUCCAGCAUGAUGGCCACUCGAGAACUAUCGUAGGAAUUCAAGCCAAGCAUCUGAAAAAUAGGACGAAACAGUACAACUUGUUAAUUUUAGAACCUUCUGAUAAAACCAGAAUUCUUGAAAAAUCUCUCAUCGAGAAGUCUGGAUGGCAGAAAUUCAUAAAGAGAGGUGUCCACACGCUAAAAAAGCCAUUGUAUCAGGUGUGUUAUGUUGAUCCUGGAAUUGCUCGUGGGGAAGAGUUGGAGAGGCUGAAGACCAUAAACAGCUCCCGGUGCGAAUUUUAG